GUUUACUUCCGGUAAUGGACGACCAAAACUGACGACUCCGACUGCAUAGAGAUUUCAUUGUUUCACAACACUAUACAGGCCUAGUUGAAAUGGAGUAAAGCUACAAGUUAACAACUAGAACCAUGAAUUCUAUUUUGGGUGGCUCGCCUUCUCCUUUCACGCAUCAACGAAAUAUCCCAGGAAGUGCUAGAAGACCAUCUAGUGGAAGACCGGGCACCUCCCGUAACCCAAUCACGGGAGAAGAAUACGAUUACAGGCCACCAUCAAGACAAGUUUCCAGACCAGAGCCACCAUCAAAACAAGUUUCCAGACCAGAGCCACCACCAUCAAAACAAGUUUCCAGACCAGAGCCAUCAUCAAGACAAAUUUCCAGACCAGAGCCGCCAUCAAGACAAGUUUCCAGACCAGAAAGUCGUCCACAGGGUGUUCCAGCUUUGAAUUUGAAUUGCUUUACAAGAGAUGCAGAGGUGACUCGUCCCAUACAGGUAGAUGACUACUUAGACUCACCGGGCUCUGCCAGGACUGCUGUUAGUUGGGGUACUCCAUGCGGAACAGACAGAAGUCAGCGCCAGUCAGCCCGGGGUUCAGCACCUUAUCAGUACGAUUCCUGGGGGCGGGGUGAACCUGUGUCAAGGGGAAGGGGCAGUGGAAGGAGCAGUCGACCCCAGGACGUCCCAGAACUUCAGCUGGAGGAGGAUAUACAACCUAGGUCAAAGGUCAAGACACCUAAAACACCUAAAGAGCCAUCUGCAUGGGACAAGGUUCCCCUCCCAGACGAGUUGCCUCCUCCCUCGGCCAAACACAAAGAGAUGUACAAACAGUAUGAGAAUGAAAUGAAGCACUCCUAUAGAACUAAAGGCCAGGUGACAAAUGCAGAUGUUGACCGAGAGGUGGCAGUGAUGAAACACACACGUCCAGUAACUUAUGGGGAUGUACGGGACGAGGUGGAUCGAGAAGACAUUGGUGACAGUGCUGAUGAAGAUGAUGUCAUUGAUUACCAAUGGGCAAAUAAGAAAUCCUACUCUACCAAACAAAUUCUGAAGAAAAUGGAUGCGGAGGAAAUGCUUGAAUACAACAAAAAGCAGAAACUGAUUGAGACGGUCAUGGUGGACCAGCUCUCCAGGGCUGUGAUUAGUGACCCGGAUCAGAAUACAAGAAGUUCCAGCAGGAUGGCAGACUCCCGCCGUGCUCGAGGCUCCAACAGAUCUCUCCAUGACUCAAAAGUGAGGACCAACGGUACUGCCACAGAAAAUCUGUUGUCCAAGAGGAUCCGCUUUGGUGCUAGGGUGGUAACCAGAAAUGGCCAUGAUGCGAUGAGAGAACUUACAGGGUUUUUCUUCAGCACAGAUAACACAUUAACCAUAUAUGAGUUCAGACAAUUUGGUAAAAGUGCAAAGGCCUUGCCGUUUAUUGUUCGAGGUAAAUACUGCCAUGUCCAAGGUCCAAGGAAGGGGGAGCUCUACAGCCUGGCAGACAUUGUACAGGGGAUGACUCUCAUUAUACCUUCUGAAGGCCAACACUCCUUGCCAGACACACUGAAGAAACAGGAACUGAUUUACUUCACUCUGACCGACGUGGAGGAGGAGGAGAAACAGACUGUUCUCUUAAGUGAUGUUCGACCUUCAGCGAGAAUGAAUGCCUAUGCUAAACUCCAUAUACAAAACAAACAAGAGUACCAAGACCGAGUCUUUUUGUCAAAUCUCCAAGCUGAGGUGAGGAAAAAGUUGAAGAAGAGAGGUGUGAGGACGAUGACUGGUCUGGGACGUCAUUACCGACGGGCAGACACUAAGGGCACUGGGGUUCUGUACAAGUACGAACUGGAAGAAGGCAUCAUCAAAUUCCACAUUGACCUCACCCCUGAUCAACUUGACGGUGUGUUUGAGAUUUUGGAUCCAGAGGAGCGAGGAGAGCUUGACUACACAGUGUAUGUACAUGGAGUAAUAGGCACCAUGAACGAGUACCGCAAGACCCUCGUCAGGAAGGCUUUCCGAAAAGUUGAUGCAAGUAAAAGGGGUCGGAUCACUCUAAAUGAGAUCAAGAAAUUCUUCAACUCAAGUUUCCGGCCACAUCUUAACCCAGCAAUCUCCGGUGAUUCGUCUGUAAGUGCACUGCAUGCAUUCAUUGAUGCUGUCCAGGAGAGCAAAAGACAGGAGGAGGUGACAUUCGAGGAGUUCGAGGAUUACUACGAGGGCCUCAGCAUAGCUGUUGAUAGUGAUGAUGACUUCGCUAACAUACUCCGCAACACAUGGAGUAUAUAAACAAUGCUUAUCAAGGAUUGAAAGUCACGAUAUUGUAGAGUGUGAGAUUGUCACCGUCUCUGCUUCUUUCCAAUCUUACAUUGUUUUUGCUUGUGAAUGUUAACGUGCUGUAAUAUAUGCUGAUGUAGAUGUAAUGAUACGUGGAUAUUUCUACUGAUGAUUCAAAGAUACCACAUGUCAGUAUGAGGAAUCAGGUAUAUACUAGAGGUUCCCCAACGAAUGGUGUUUGGUUAUCAUGUUUAUCUAACUCGAGUUACUUAGUCUUCAAAUUGUAUAA